CGUUAAGUUACGCACGCAGACGCAGUCGUGUCCAUAGUGCUGCGCCAUCGGACCUUCUUUAGCGGCUUGUUCUAUCGUUGCGUGUCGGAUGUUCUCAUUCAGAAUUUAUGAUAUUCUUUUACUUCUUUUCCUUUGUCUGAAUUCAAAAACGGAUGCGUGUGAGAAUAGAUAAUCAAUUUCAUUCUUCGGUUAAAGAAUAUAGUGCGUUUUUAUAUUUUUUAUUAUUCAAAGCCGGCUGAAUUGCGUCAGGGCUCGACAUAGAUAAUUAGAGCCUCUAUAUAUUAGGAACUGAUUUCUGAGAGCAUCAGUCAGAAAUGUGUGCUCUUAAUUUGAAUAUGCGACGCCUGGUGGCAAGCUGGAGGAAGUCUCCGCACUUGCGAUUGCUUCAACAUGGGAGAAAAAAGUACGAUCGGGACAUUAUGCAUUAUUCAAAAUAUGUAAUGCAAUUUGUGGGAGAACAAAGGAUGUUAAGUAGAAAUAUAUCACAUGCAACUUCAAACCAAACAUCAAUAGGCUCAAAGAUUUCUGCUAUGAGAAAAUUGAAGUUAGUUGUCCCUAUAGGAAUAGGGGUUUCAUUGAUUGCUUUUUUCCAGUGGAGGCAUUUUAGGAAAUAUAAACAUACUGCACAGGGUGAAGUAAUACAAGGACCGCUUAAUGAUUUUAUAGUAAAUUGCUAUUGUUGUCUUCCAUUGAGAAUAACAAGUAGGAUAUGGGGUUGGAUAGCUAACAGAGAAGUACCUGUUAGUUUAAGGCCAGGUGUAUAUCAAUUCUAUGCAAAAAUUUUUAAUGCAAACUUGGAGGAAGUAGCAGGUGAUUUGUCUGGAUUUCCAACUUUAGUAGAUUUUUUUGUAAGACCACUCAAGGAAGAAACAAGACCUAUAGCCAAGGAUACAAAUAUGGUUUCUCCUUCGGAUGGUACUGUCCUUCAUUUUGGACCAGUAACAUCUUGCCGUGUAGAACAAGUUAAAGGGAUGACUUACGACCUUAGGCAUUUUUUGGGAGAUAUAGAUCUACAGGAAUCUAAAGAGAAAAUAACUUAUACGGAAGAAGACAAUAAAAAAUAUGUGAAGAGUCUUUUGAAAAAUCCGAUGAAUCAAUUAUAUCAAAUAACAGUUUACUUAGCACCUGGGGAUUAUCAUCGUUUUCAUAGUCCAACUGAUUGGGAGAUUGAAUUUAGAAGACAUUUUCAAGGUAAACUAUUAAGUGUCAAUCCAAAGAUAGCUAGAUUUUUACCAGAUUUAUUUUCGCUGAAUGAGCGUGUGGUAUAUAUUGGAAAAUGGGCGGAAGGUUUCAUGGCUUAUGCCGCAGUAGGAGCCACUAAUGUUGGUUCUAUUAAAAUCUAUUGUGAUAAAGAAUUAACUACAAAUAAAAUUAUAUGGCCGAAAAUGAAACGUUGGGAAGAUGCAAGCUUAGAGUGUACUCAUAUAUCUAAAGGACAGUUAUUUGGUGAAUUCAGAAUGGGAUCUACCAUUGUACUUCUAUUUGAGGCACCAGAAGACUUUCAAUUUUGUCUAAAUGUAGGACAAACCAUAAAAGUUGGUCAGGCAUUAUCUGAAUGCAUUGUUAAAUCAGAUGAAAAGUAUUUAUCAGGAAGUUUAUGAUUAUUACUAAAAAGUAUUUUUUUCUCUAGAUAAAAUCUAUAAGAAUUUGAUGUAUACACACAAUAUAUAUUAUAUGUAUUUAUAUAAUUUUAAAGUGUAAAGAUUUAUAUAUAUAUAUAACUGCAAUCCAUUUUUAAUACAUACAGAGCGAGGGAGGAAGAGAGAGAGUGACAGGGAGAGAGAAGGGGGGUGAGAAAGAGAGAAGGAGAGAUGUUUGAAUCUUUUACAGGUUGUUUCCUAUGUCUACUGUGAUAUAUGAUCAUGUAGAGAUGUGUUUCGUGCCCACAUCUUCAUAUUCAUUAAUUAUACUCACAGAUGCAUAUAUUUUAAAAAAUCUAGUAAUUAUUUAUAAAUAAAUGUGUAAUUGUUUUUAUAAUAUAUCUUUAAUCGAAAAAAUAUUUUUAUUUAUAUCAACAGAUAGCUUUCCUCAUUAAUUUGAUAGACUAAAACUUAAAAUAAUUUUUCGCGACCAUAAGUUCUCUUUCUCUUGAUUUAUGUUGGUAAAACUAGAUUUAGAAGCUGUCAAGCUUUUUAGAAGCCCUGCAAGUUGCGGUCCUAUUAGUUGAUUUGUACAGGUAUCUGUGAAUUCACUUUUACUUUAUGUUAAUUUCAUUGUCAUUGUUGUAACGUUAUUAGCUUAUUGUAUUUUAUUGUAGUCAUUAUUUCUGUGGAGAAAAAUUAUAAACCGGACGAUUUAAGACAGGAUAAUAUAAUAAGUGAUAAGUUUUGAUAAUUCUUAUAAUGUGACAUAUAUAUAGAUAAAUGUAUAAUUUUGGAAAAUUAAAUAAACAUAUUGAAACAGUCGAUAAAUAAGAGAACGACAUGUUACAUCCGAGCUUGCGUGUUAAAAAAACACCGACUAACUGGGUGAGCUGCUUUUAUCGGGUACACGCAUGCCUGUCCAUUUCUGAACUCAUUAAUAACGCAGUGUAAUCGCGUGAAGAAACAUUGUCCAUUGUUAGCCAAGGACAUCAUUUUUUUGCCCUAUUACCAUUUAUCUGGAACGCUUAUUGUUUUUUUCAUAACAAACCGAAUGAAUCGCCCGUGAUGACAGUCAUUUUCAAAGAAAUGGGAUUUAAAUGAAAUACUACAUUUUAAUAGUUUUCUUGUAUGGAGUUUAUUAUUUAUUUAUAAAACGAUUAGCUUUUUUUCCGAGUAAAUAAUAUCCUUGUCAAACGGGAAAUCUAAUGACGCAUUUAUUUAUUUUAUUUUCUAAAUAUUCAGGAGAGUUCUAUACAUCUUUAUUUAAAACUCUUAAGUGAAUCUUUGUAACGAUCACCGAUCCGACUAUGUAAAAUGGCAAAUUGGAUUUUCCUGUGAAAAUAUGAUGGAUCGCUUGGGAACGAUCGUAACAGUGCUACACAUCUCAUUAUUAUCGGAGAAAAUUUAUGACUUGCAAUCAAGCAAGCGCCUUUCGCUCGCAACCGGAGAAGCAAAAAGAAUAGUUGGUUGUAUUGAACUAAAAAAAGAUUUUUCGAUGGAAAAGA